CGGGCCGGCCCCGCAGCUGAGCUCUGCACAGAGCCAGCGCGUGGCCAAGAGCAGCUCCCAGGCAGCAGCGGCAGCAGCAGCAGCCCACAGCUCCAGGGGAGUCGUGACUCCGCGCACCGCCCUUCCCCCGCCCCAGGGCACCCGGGCGGGCCGAGGGCUCCAGCCGGAUAAAAGCGGAGCCACGGUGACCCCCGUUUGGCCGAGAGACGCGCGGGGCUGGAGAGGGAGCGGAUCGGCACCAUGGAGAGCGCCUAGCGUCCCCGCCCCACUCCCUGUCCCACUCCCCGCGGCCAGCCCCGUCUCCCCGGCCCGCAGCCCGGCUGCUUCCAGCCUCCCUCUCCCCGGAGCCCCCAGGGAGCGGCAGGGCGCCGCUGCCUCUCUUGGCGCCGGCGCACGCUGCCUGGCGCUUGCACACGGGGACACUCCGGCGCUGGGACUCUCCCUCCCACACAGCUUCUCGCAGCUCGCCGGCUCCUAGGCACUGCUGGCAGCUCCGCAGAUGGCAACGCCAGGCUCCGGCUUUUGGUCCUUCGGCUCCGAGGAGGGCUCGGGGGACGCGGAGAACCCCGGCACAGCAAAAGCGUGGUGCCAGGCUGCCCAAAAGUUUACGGGAGGAAUUGGAACCAAACUCUGCGCUUUGCUGUAUGGGGAUGGAGAAAAGCCCAUGGAAACUGGGGCGAAGGAGGACCUGGGCUCAGCGGAGAAGACAGCGGCCUGUACCUGCAACAACAAGCCCUGUAGCUGCCAGAAAGCGGAUAUUAAUUAUGCAUUUUUACACUCAACAGAUCUUCUGCCGGCGUGCAAUGGGGAAAUAACAACUCUGUCUUUCCUUCAAGAUGUUAUGGAUAUUUUGCUUCAGUAUGUGGUGAAAAGUUUUGAUAGAUCAACAAAGGUUAUUGAUUUCCAUUACCCAAAUGAGCUUCUUCAGGAAUAUAAUUGGGAACUGGCAGAUCAACCACAGACCUUGGAAGAAAUUUUGUUGAACUGCAGAACAACUCUAAAAUAUGCAAUCAAAACAGGGCAUCCUAGAUAUUUCAAUCAACUUUCAACUGGACUGGACAUGGUUGGAUUAGCUGCAGACUGGCUGACAUCAACAGCAAAUACUAAUAUGUUCACCUAUGAAAUUGCUCCCGUGUUUGUACUUUUGGAAUAUGUCACGCUAAGGAAAAUGAGAGAAAUGAUUGGCUGGCCAGGGGGCUGUGGCGAUGGGAUAUUUUCACCUGGUGGUGCCAUAUCUAACAUGUAUGCUAUGUUGAUUGCACGUUUCAAGAUGUUCCCAGAAGUCAAAGAGAAAGGAAUGGCAGCUAUUCCCAGGCUGGUUGCCUUCACCUCAGAGCAUAGUCACUUUUCUGUGAAGAAGGGAGCUGCAGCCUUGGGGAUUGGCACAGAUAGUGUGAUUCUGAUUAGAUGUGACGAAAGAGGGAAAAUGAUCCCAUCCGACCUUGAAAGAAGAAUUAUGGAAGCCAAACAAAAAGGAUUUGUUCCUUUCCUAGUUAGUGCCACUGCAGGAACUACAGUGUAUGGUGCAUUUGAUCCACUCCUAGCUAUUGCGGACAUCUGCAAGAAAUACAAAAUCUGGAUGCAUGUGGAUGCAGCAUGGGGUGGCGGGCUGCUGAUGUCUAGGAAACAUAAAUGGAAAUUAAAUGGUGUUGAAAGGGCCAAUUCUGUGACUUGGAACCCUCACAAGAUGAUGGGAGUCCCAUUGCAGUGCUCUGCCCUUCUCGUUAGGGAAGAGGGCUUGAUGCAGAGCUGCAAUCAGAUGCAUGCUUCCUACCUCUUUCAACAAGAUAAACACUAUGACUUGUCAUAUGACACUGGAGACAAGGCGUUACAAUGCGGGCGUCAUGUUGAUGUCUUCAAGCUCUGGCUGAUGUGGAGAGCAAAGGGAACUACAGGAUUUGAAGCACAAAUUGACAAGUGCUUGGAACUUGCAGAAUAUCUCUAUAAUAAAAUAAAGAACAGAGAAGGCUAUGAAAUGGUGUUUGAUGGAAAGCCUCAGCACACAAAUGUCUGCUUCUGGUACGUACCUCCCAGUUUGCGCAGCAUGGAGGACAACGAAGAAAGAAUGAACCGCCUUCUAAAGGUGGCCCCAGUGAUAAAAGCCAGAAUGAUGGAAUAUGGAACUACUAUGGUCAGCUAUCAACCACUGGGAGACAAAGUGAACUUCUUCCGUAUGGUCAUCUCAAACCCAGCAGCUUCUCAUCAAGAUAUUGAUUUCCUGAUUGAGGAAAUAGAACGUCUGGGACAAGAUUUAUAAUAAUCUGGUCUGCGAGUAUGGUCCAGAACCUCUAGGUAGACAAUUAAGUUGUCACAAACUGUGCGAAUGUAUUUGUAGUUUGUUCCAAAGUAAAUCUAUUUCUAUAUUGUGGCGUCAAAGUAGAGUACAGUUUAAAAUCAAGAAACAUGCUCCUUUUAAAAUCCUCUCUUGAGUUUUAGAAUACCUCUUUAAUAAUUAGAUACACAAAAGGCUGCAUUCAAACAGAUAAGAAAUAACAGAAGAUACUUGCAAUUUCCCCCCAAAUUUUAAUACAGUUAGUAAAUACAUGUUUUAGGUUAAAAGUAGUCAGAUUGAGUGGUGCCAAAUUUGCCCCAAAUGGUGACAAAAUCAAAUGGGGGGGAAGUAAGAUACAUAAAGUAAAGAAAUUGUAUGUUUAAAAGUGAAAAUAUUUUGCCUUUUUCUUAGAUUUAGAACAGAAUUUCUAAUUUAUCUAUAGCAACAUUUCAAAUGUAUUUAAAUACAUAUAAUUUUAAAAAAGGAAUAUAUAUAUAUUAAAAUAUCCUAUUUUGUAAACUAUAGAUUUUUAUUUUAUAUGGGUUAUAAAAAAUGCAGGGGCAGAAACUGAAAACUAAACAAGAUUUUUUUUUCUUUUAAUAGAGGUGCAUCAAAUAUCUGCAAAGAUUAUUUUGAACCAUAAGCCCACAUAAAUUCUUUAAAAGGUUCAAUGCCUCAUUUCUAUAUGUCACAUGGAUUGUACAUCUCUAGAGUUAAAUAUUGCAAAACCUCACAAGUACUGCAGCUCUUAAAAACGCUUAAUAAGAACUACUACAAUACAACAAUAGGAUGCUAUUAUUCCUAAAUAUAUUUCUUAUGUGGCCUAACCUAAGCAAAUGGACAAUCAAUAUACAGUCCUAACCAAGACUGAACUAAGGUUAUAUUUGUAUCAUUUCUUUGUUCUAAUUUUAAACAGCCUAUCAAAAAGGGCCACACUUUACACUAAAUACUUGUGUCAUAAGCAUCUUUGCAAACAGUAAUUUAUUCAUUAGAGAUAAAAAUAAAUUGAAAACUACGAUUGACUAGAAUUCACUAAGACCCAGAUCCUACUAAAUCUCACAGGAGCAAUGCUACUUGGAUGAAUAAGGACUUUUGUAUAUGUAAAGGUCUCAGGAAAGGGUCCUAAGUCAGACGCUCAUGUCAUGGUGGAACCUGAGUUUUCCAUAUGACAACAGUUUUUCUAAACAUCCCCAUUCCCAGCACUGCAAUAGAGCUGGUGGAAACUCAGAAUUUCAGUUUCAUGGGAACGUUCAAAAAUGUUUGUUCUAAUUCAGAAUAACAACAACAAUGUUUGCAAUUUCCCACAAAAUGGAAAUUCUGAAAAUUUUCAUUUUGAACUUUUUUUUCAUUUGCCUGAAAUUUUGUAGAACUCAAUACAACUUUGUGAAAAAUUUCAGUUUAGUCAAAACACCUUUUUCAGACGAAAAAAAGUGUUUUGAUUAAAUCUACUAACCAGCUCUACAUUGAGUUUAUCUGAUUGAAAUUGCUAUUAGAAUGCUUUGAGAUAUGCCUAGAUACUCAUAGCACAGUCAUUGUAGAGUCAUCCAGACCCAUUUAGAAAUCAUGGGUGCAAAAUCCUGCAUAACUGAUAUAUUGAGUCAUUCUUCAACACUAGGGGAGGCACGGAAGUGAAAACUGAGCUUCAACCUCCUCUUCCUCAAAAUCUGGAAGAGCUUGGAUCAGGACUUCAUGGCUCAGACCUGUUUCUAUUUAUAACCCUAGUUAAGUUUCGGUUGUAACUUUGACUGGAAUCUACAUGGCCACUUUCAUUUGUAAAGCAAGAUUGUUUUACUCGCUCUAAAAUACUUGAAGAAAACUAGUGCCGAGUGGUUUAAUUUGACCUAAAAUACAUAAAUGGGGUAUUGAUUAGGUGUAAUGUCAUGAGGAUGUGACGUGAGAAGAGGAAAUAAAUUGUGUCUGUAACUGUGUUGCCUUUAUUAUAUUGAUAGUACUGUUUGUCACCUCAGAUUGAGGCCGUGCAUUUUAGAUUUAAACUGUACAGUGUUGCAAAUCAACAUGUGUUACUGAAUAAGCUUGUACAAUAUAUUAUUGAUAUGUCUUUCUUUGUGUGGUAGUACUACUGACUCUUGGUAUUGUAAGAGCUGCAUUCACACACAAGUCCCUAUACUAUAUCUUUGCUCAGUACUAUCCUCUCCUGAUCACCUUGAGAGAAGAAUAUUCCCCUUACCCCAGCAGUGACAAACUGCGACUUACAAUGCAUAGUGUUUCAAUUAAAGCUUUAGAGCAGAUACCAGUUCUGCCAAUGAGGACUAAAGCAACCUUAUCCAAACAGGUCACAAAAUUACCAACUGUGUCACUGAAACACUGAGCAGCCGAGCAAAUUCUCUUCUUGUUUGUAGCAGAGAAAAUGGGGACAAAGAACUAAGUGUAAAAAAUAGUACAGGGACAAUGGUGAAGGUGAGCAGUAGCCUGGUUACAUCUUGCAUGUGCAAUUCUGUUUUCAAAUGCUAAGUACAAACACUGUAUUUAUUAGUUCUAUGUGCCAAUCCAAGAUAUACAUUCAGUGUUUCAUGAGGACACCAGCAUUUUUCCAUGUUACUGUGUUUAUUGCAGCCAGAAAGAACUACAUGGCAACCUCUUCUUCUUGUGUUUGACCAAAGUAUUUUCUCUGUGUUGUUGAU